CAGAGGGGAGAUUGACACAGCAUUUUCAGCCCGGGGUGAAUGCGUACACACAGGAGAGCGCUGCAUAGACAGGAUUAUAGUCAGCGAAAGGAGGCAGCGGAAACAACAGGGAUGAAAGAAUGAAUAAGCGAUGAAGAAGAAACUAAAAGGAGAAACUAAAAGAGAGGAAGAAUGAAGAGAGGAGAAGGAAUCACAGACCACAUAGAUCUAAGGAUGUGGGACCUUUGCUCUGGCCAGUGAAAGUUAGACUUUGAGAAGUGAAGAACAAGGAACUCCAAUUACAACCAAGUGACGGAAAAACGACAACUAACUUGCAGGUGGUCUUCUUAGCGGCCCAAGCAUCUCCAUGGCGGAGACCUGAUCUUUGGGAGCAGGACAGAGUCUGGCCUCCCAUCCAGGCCCCAUACCAGAAAUCCUUGGCGUCAUGGGAACAAGUAGGUCCAACAGGUAUGACAUUGUGUCAGGCAUUUUACCAGAAGAGGAACGCCAGAAGAUCUCUAGCUUAGUACUCCCUAACGGCCACAAUUCCCUCAACUUCCGACUGCCCUCGGUCUGCGACGCAGAGACGGAAGACAGCAGGAGGAGUUCGGGUGCCUCUGCUGCCGUGCCCAACACGAGGGGACAAAGAAUGAUGAACAACUACGACGGAAAGAUUCUGACAAGGAGCUCCAACCAAAUACGGAGCCGGUUUGUAAAGAAAAAUGGACAAUGUAAUGUUGUGUUCACCAACAUGGAGGAAAAGAGGCAGCGCUACCUCGCUGACAUCUUCACCACCUGCGUGGACACCCGCUGGAGAUACCUGCUGCUUCUAUUCUGCGCCAGCUUCCUGGUCUCGUGGCUUUUCUUUGGCAUUAUCUUUUACAGUGUCUCCCUGGUACAUGGGGACUUUGAGGAGCAACCGACGGUGAAGGGUGAUGGGCUGGCGGUGGCGGGGCUGUAUGGACCCACCUCUGGACACACAUCUGGAGAGCAGACACAAAGACUGCCCUGCAUACUUCAUGUCCGUGGCUUCGUUGGGGCGCUCCUGUUCUCCAUGGAGACCCAGACCACCAUUGGUUAUGGCUGGCGCUGCGUUACCGAGGAGUGCCCUGUCACUGUGAUAACAGUGGUCAUCCAGUCCAUUGUGGGCUGCAUCAUUGACUCUUUCAUGAUUGGCACCAUCAUGGCCAAGAUGGCCCGGCCAAAGAAGAGGAAUCAGACCCUGUUGUUCUCUAAAAAUGCUGUCAUCGCCCUGCGCGAUGGCAAGCUGUGCCUCAUGUGGAGGGUGGGCAACCUGCGGAAGAGCCACAUCGUGGAGGCUCAUGUCCGUGCACAGCUCAUACGUUCAUAUGUCACAGCUGAGGGGGAGUUCAUCCCCUUGGAGCAGAUGGACCUCAAUGUGGGCUAUGAUGAGGGCACAGACAGGCUGUUUCUAGUAUCCCCGCUUGUCAUAAUCCAUGAGAUAGAUAAAGAUAGUCCCUUGUAUACUUUAAGCAGAGCUGAUCUGGAGACGGAUGACUUUGAGAUUGUCGUGAUCUUGGAGGGGAUGGUGGAGGCCACGGCCAUGACCACCCAGUUCCGUAGCUCCUACCUUGCCAGAGAGGUCUUCUGGGGUUACAGGUUUGAGCCUGUGAUCUAUGAGGACCGGGACUGCUACAAGGUAGACUACUCUCGCUUCCACAAGAUCUGUGAGGUGCCGUCGAUGCCCCUCCUCAGCGCCAAAGAGCUUGACGAGGCCGCAAGCCGGGCCUCUUCUGCAGCUUCUGCCGCUUCUCCGGUCUCUGCAUGUAGAUCCACACAAGACUUGAUUCCCAGGUCGCUGAGCGCCUUUUGUUACGAGAACGAGUUGGCGUUGAGCUGUGGGGAGGACGAGGAUGACAUCUUCGAUUCCCAGAUUGGGGGGAAGGAGAGGGCAGAGGAGAGGAGGACUUCUGUAGAUUUCCCAAAUAUGUUCCAGGACGAUGCGACUAUGACAUCAGGCAGUCACAGCGUCAUGUGUGUUCUAGACAUGGACAAUAACCAGAUGGAGUUUGACAUCCUACAGACUGCCAUCCCUCUUGAUCCAGUGACCUAUAAGAAUGAGCAAGAGAUCUAAAGAUUGUCACGUGUCCUUUUUUUUUUUUUUUUUUUUUUUUUACCAAACCCAAAUCCUUUCAACCCGAGAGGGAUUGCUUGGUGAUGUGUUCAAUUUUGGAUUGCAUGUACAGAAAUGUAAACCCCUUUUGCCUUGCCAGUGAUGUUUUACAUGUAUAAUUGUUUUUUGUCUUCUUCUCAUUGAGAUUAGAAAUUACGAAACAGAUUACACAUUCCUAAAUAACUUGGCACACCAAGUGCACUCCGACUGAUUCUGCUGAGGACACAGAACUUCUGACAACACGCUGACGGGAUUUAUUAGGAUUUCAUAACCAAAGGAAUGCACAUGUUUCAGGCUGAACGUACAUGUUGCAUAGUUAAAAAAUUUACUUUAUUUAACAUUUCAUUUGUUCUGUGAAUGUAGAUAAGAUAUUUUAUGAAAAUAAUCGCAGUUUUGAUGUAAUUCUCUUCCUUUUCGAAGAUAACUGAGCUCAAUUUUUAAGAUGCACUUUUUUUUAUCAAAAAGUGGUCAAUUUACGCUUGAUAAUCUCCAUGUUGUUCAUGGGUUUCAAUGGGCAUUAUAUCUGCAAUACUUCCCUGCUAAUUCAGCUAAUUUGCACAUUUGUGAAACUGCCUGUUUUGUUAAAUCCUUUCCUGUAAAUCUAGAAAAAAACUUAUUUAUGUAAAUUAUAAGUUAGUUAUAAACUACUGUUGUGUUUUUUGCUGUGCAGUACUCCCAGGAGCAUCCUAAGUGCAAUCAUGAAGUGUAUAGCAGAACAAGUAUUAUUUCUGAAUUUGAUUAAGACUCCUAAGGACAAAAACUUCUAAAAAAUAUCUUGAUUUAUUGUGAUUUAGGAAAACAGCACUGCAUUUUAAAUGUUAUGUUAAAAACACAUUUUUUCUUCUGAAAACAAAGCCGAGUUUUAAGAGAAUCUAAUGAAAACUGAACAGAAUUUAACUUAGUAGUAACCAAGACUUUUAUUACUGUAGAUCAGCUGAUUCCCAACCAUGGGUACGUGUACAGUUUUCAGGGGGUACAUGGAAAGAUUUUAAAGUAGCUCAACUAAUAAAAAAUAACAAAAAAAAAAUUAGAAAUUAGGAUUUGAUUGGAAGAAUAUAUCCGUAUAUUACCAUGAAGUCAACUGUAACACCUGAACACUACAUGUUGCAGUUAUGUAAGAGUGUAAAAGUAAGAUAAUAAGCAAGUUUUAAGGUAGCUAAAAGUAAUGAAUACAAAAUAACUAGUUAAAAGUAAUGACUAAACAGUUCGAAUUUUAAGCAAAAUAAUACAGAAACUAGCUCAAAAUUGAAAUAGUUAGCUAAAGGUGAUGGAUCACUAUAAGUAGUAGUAGCCUAGAAGGCUUGUAGUAGUGUGAUUGCUGACCAAACCAACCUUAAUAUUGACAGUUCCAUUCUAUGAAAUAAUUAAAAAUAUCCUCUUUUAUAUAAUGAGUAGUGUUAAACAUUUGGAACACACUGUGAAUUGUAGACAGGAUAUGCAAGUUCAUCUGACAGAGCUGUGGGGGGAUUAUAGGUAGGCUAUUAAAAACAGGUCUAACUAAUAUUACUCUAUUAGUGUUAUUAUUAUAAAGCAAAGUAGACCUUUUGUUUACUUUAUGGACUUUUUUCUUGGUUUGUUUCUUGCGGAGGCUGCAGCCGGUGAUAGCAGAAACUAUAUUGAUGGCUUUAAUGUUAAACAUGUUUGUGCUAUUGUUGCUCGCCAAAGGUUCUGGAGUAGGAAAGUAAAACACAGAGCGCCUCUGAUUAAUCAUUUGGAAACUGGAGUGUAUGCAGCCUAAGUUUGUCUUUGAUAGAAAGGCGUGAUACCACUGUAAAACACAACAGGAAACAAAGAGAUGAAUGCUGAGGAGCACAGGCCAGGGUCUGGAAAUGUGCAAUACGUCACUGGGACAGUAGAGAUAAAGUCAAGUGUAACUGCAUGGCAGGUUAUUAGCAGUGAAGCAAGUUGUUACAAUGAUUGUAAAAUACAUGACAAAAAAACAGUCACCCUCCUUUUUUCCUAUAUAAGAAGACACACAUGGUACCUGCAAAUUAAACUUAAUUUAAUCAAAUGUG